AUGACGUUGUGCUCCGCUCUCAAUAGGUCGUCUAUCGAUAAAGGUCCCGCACGCAGCGAUUCGUUAGGCCGAAAUCAAGUCAUGAUCAUCACCGUACGCUUAAAUCUUAUCCAUCAAGCAACGGAACGAAUCAAUCUGCUCCAGGACGAGAAGCUUUCCAGUUUCCUUAUCAGCGGGGAGGUGACGUCGCGUUCCACCGUCAAGAUUGCCCGUUUUGAUUCCAUCAACUCAGCGGGCGCGGUGGGUGCAAGCACUGUACUCUCGUCUUUGGACGCAGCGGUCAGGAAUGUCGGACCUCCAACCGAUCGCGUGGCUUGUCCAAUGAUUCCAAACCUCGGGAGCAGUGAUCGGUGUAUUUCAUGCUGA